AUGGACGUGGAUGAGGAACAUGGGAAUCUUAAAGAUUUACUAACAGAUCGAAAUUCAAAUAGAUGGGAGAUACUAGUAGAUGGAUUGUCUAAUGGAGAAGGAAAUGGUAUUGGUAUUAUCUUUAUUUCACCAGAAGGAGCGCGAAUGGCUUACUCAUUCAGGUUGGAGUUCGCAUCCACAAAUAAUGAAACCGAGUAUGAGGAAGUUGUACAUGCAUUGAGGUUAGCAAUUGAAAUGGGAACAAAAGAAGCGCGAGUAACUAGUGAUUCCCAAUUAGUAAUUCGACAAAUAAAAGGUAAAUAUUGUACAAAUGAACCAUCUUUACAGAAAUACAAGAGAUUGGUCAUGGAAUUAACAGAGCGAAUUCCAAAUAUAAGCUGGAGACAUAUAGGCAGAAAAGAUAACAGGCUCGCAGAUGCGUUGGCUUUCGUACCCUCCAUGCUGACAGAUCCAAUUGCGAGAGAUAUAAAGAUACAAACGCUUUAUUUACAAUCUAUAAAGAAAGAAGAUGAAGCGGAAGCAGAUGUGAUGAUAGUAGAAGACCAGGAAGGAGACCAAAUGAACAAAGACAAAGAUUGGAGAACUGAGCUUCAUUUAUACCUAGACAAGGGAGAGCUACCAAGAAAAAUAUCAGAAGCACACAAGCAUUACAUUAUGGGUAUGCUGGAAACCAUAGCAGAGGAAGAUCACUCGCAUACAAAGAAAAGAUACAAGGAUAUUAUUGGCCUUACAUGCACGCAGAUGCAAAACAAGUAUCAAGACGAUGAGAAGAGUGUCAACGUCAUGGGAAGAAAAAUACACGCACCAGGAGCGAUGCUAAACACGUCAGCAAACGCAUGGCCAUUCGGAAAAUGGGGAAUUGAUAUUGUUGGUCCGUUUAUGCCAGGAACGGGGCAAAGAAGAUAUCUUGUCGCAACAGAUUAUUUCACAAAGUGGGAAGAAGUGAAAGCAGUUCAACAUAUUCGUGAUAAAGAUAUAUUCACGUUUAUUUUUGAAAAUAUCAUAUGCAGAUUUGGCAUCCCUGCACAGUUAGUAUCUGACAACAGAAAACAGUUUGAGGGUGAGAAUAUAGAGAUGCUACUCAAUGCGUUCAAAAUUCAAAGUGAAAACUCUACCCCCCUCUAUCUGCAGAGUAAUGGACAAGUAGAAGCUACCAACAAAACCAUCGCAGACACAUUAAAGAAGAAGUUGGAAGGACAUAAUAAAGGUUGGUGCGAACAAGUACAUAAUGUAAUGUGGGCAUACAGAACAAUAAGGAGAGAAGCAACAGGAGUGUCCCCUUUCAUUUUAACAUAUGGGAUAGAAGCAGUGUUACCAACAGAAGUCAUUAUCCCUACUACAAAGAAAGAAGCUUGGGAGAAGAAUCUAAGUGAGGAUUUAAUCUUAACAAAACUUGAUGAUCUGGAAGAAUCUAGAGAGAUCGCUUUGCAACAUAUGGAAAAUUAUCAAAGAAGAUUAUCUCGAGAAUACAAUAAACGCGUUAAGAUAAGAGAAUUUCAACCAGGAGAAUUAGUGUUGCGAGAAAUACCGGUUUAUCAGAGAGGAGGAAAUGGGAAGUUAGAAAAGAAGUGGGACAUACCAUAUAUAAUAAAAAGAAUAGUUGGAAAUGGAGCUUAUGAGUUGGGGGAUCCUGAAGGAAGAGAUGUAGGACGAAAAUUAGAUCGUCCUUGGAAUAUGUUAUAUUUGAAGAAAUAUUAUCCAUGA